AUGGACAUGGCCGUGCACCGGGCGAUCCUGGUCACGGCCUGUAGUCAGGAUGCCUCACUCCGAGUCUGGGACUAUGAAGCCGGCAGGUGCGAGCUCUGUUGGCAAGCCCCCGAGGAGCCUACAGGUCUUGCACUGCACCCUUUUGGCUUCUUGCUGGCAGUGAGCUUCAGUGACAGGAUUCGUUUCAUGGAAAUCUUGGCGAAAGACCUGAAACUGUUCUCGGAGCUCCACGUAAAGAACGUCCACCUGUUGCGUUUCUCCCAUGGUGGACACCUGCUAGCCGCAGCACAGUCGAAGCUCAUCCUGGUCUUCAGCACGUGCAAUUUCCGAAAAAUCGCAACCCUUCGCGGCCAUCCGAGGGAGGUCUCCUCCAUGGCUUUCGAUCCUCUCGAUCGAACCUUGGUCACACUAGGCGAGGAUGGAAAGGUUUGCGAGUGGAGCACAGAGACGUGGAACUCGUUGAACGAGUAUGGCACCCACGGAGAAGCUGCAGCUGUCGCAACUUCUGGAGAGGGGCUUGUCUGGGCUGGUGUGGCCGAGGUCGAGAAGACCUCAUUUCGGACAUUUCGCCAAGGAAUGCACCAAGAAAGCGAGGACUACAUCAUGCAUCCGUCUGAGCACCUUUGCUCUAUGCAGCUCUACAGCAGGCCCUCAGAGGUGUCCAUCCUUGCUGGUGACAAGAACGGCAAACUCAUCGCAUUCUGCGGCCUCACGGGGGCCCUGAGGAGUGCGACGCUCGGCUUGCAUUCCGAUGCCAUCACGGCAGUUUGCAUCUCUGCUGAUGGGCACACCGUGGCCACAGCUGGCCGGGACGGUGCCAUGUUCGUCCUUGCAGCUGAUGGAAUAUCAGACACAGCUCGGCCCGAUUCGAAGUCUCGCGAAGGUUCCAUGGAGGUGGUCAUGAUCAAUCGCGGAGACAUCCAGCUGCGACAGGAUGAGAUUCACGAUUUGACAACACGGAUAUCGACGCUGAAGGCUCAGAUAGAGGAGGACGCGGCGCGCCUCCAAAGUGAAUGUCGGGCCAGAGUCGAGGAGGCGCGACGGCAGGAUCAGGAGAAGAUCCAGUCGUUGAGAAAUCAGUAUGAAACCUUGCAGCAGGCAUCCACGGUAAAGGAAAGGGACAGCCUCCGGAAGAUGAAAGCCAUGCAGGCCUUGCACGUGCAGGCUGCGGAUGACCAGGAGAAGGCUGUCAGUGACAGCUCAGAGGGGUGCGACAGCAGUGAUGAUGUUUUUACGGGCUCCACCCCGAACUCUCUGCCCGAUGACUCUGACCUUCUGGCUGGCGAUGAUGAUGGUGUUAUGGAACAUGAGGCACCUAUGGCCUCUGAACCAGAUCCACCGCCGACACGAGCCCUCGAUGAUCCACUCUUUGAGGACAAACGAGCGAGCUUCACGGAGGAGCUGGUCAAACUACUCUGCCUGCGACACCUGCAACACCAGCUACAGCAGGAUUUUCCAACCAGGCAAGCGGCUGCUCAGCUGCGAGAGUUCAAGCGUAGACACGAGACAGCCAGUGCCAGAAGCAUGCAGUAUAAUGUGUCUCAAUACCUGGAGCCAGAGAGAAGCCAAGACAUGGAACACAUGGUGGGGGCGAUCCGCAUUAUGCUGGAAGCGGACACCCCUGAGAACGACCUGUCCUGGAUGCAGACUCUGGUUACUGGACCUUUGCCCAGCCAGUCGCUGCUUCUGCAAGCUAUGCAGAAGGCAAUCUACGAGGGAAUGCAGCCUACAGUGGGGCCUCGCUCCGCCAAUAUGGUGGCGGGUCUGGCCACGGAACUGGCCGGCAACACCCUCUACCUGCGAUCCAUGCGACUGCUUUGGCCAUUGGUCAAGGCGGACAAACAACUGCAGCUACAGCAAUGGAUUAUCUCGUACCGCACCACGCAAGGAGAUGAAGCACAGGCAGAACCAGCUAUGGCGGCGCUGGACGAUCAAGAUCAGCAGAAGACGGAGAAAGCGCGGUUUGCGCGCGAGACGGGGUCAAACCCGAUCUUGCGCCAGACUGCGGCUUUUCGUGCGCAGGUGGCUGCCUUGGCAGAAACCUCCCCUGACACCCCCACCACCACCUUACUCGAGCAGAGUUGGAAGAUAGUCACCAGCCACCUGCCGUCAGUGAUCGCCGCGCCGGCGCAGCAAAAGCAGUCUGCGGUCACAGCGCUUUGGAAGCAGAGAAAGCUGGUCUCCAGCUUGGCUGCGAAGCUUGCCAGUCUCCAAAGUACUCAUCAUAGCAGGCACUUCCAGCUCACCUUUGCUUUCUGGCGAGCGCACCAGGCAAUGAAGCAUCUCCAGAAUACGCUUCGCGAUCAGUGCAGACGCCGCAAGCGGGAACGCAUCAAUCGCUUACUGGAAGAAGCAGCUGGCAAGCCUAACAGCCUUCCGCACAUUUUUCAACUGCUGCGAGCUAUUGCGCCUAAGCUUCCCCACAGACGUGUGCAAUUCAGAGCCGACAAUGGUAUGCCCCUAAGCAACAAGGAAGCUUUGCAGUCCAUACAUCGGUACUUUUACGACUUGUACAACAAACUCCCUGAUGGUUCCCUUGCUGACUUCCCUAAGCCCCAGGAGCCAUUUCAAGUAACAGGCGCAGAACUUGCAGCAGCGUUGGCAGCCCUGCCGGCGAGCAAGGCCUUGCCCUCGCACCUUCCACCAGCUGUGCUCUGGAAAGCAGCUUCAGCAACGACUGCUGGCCGAGACCUAGACAUGCUCAACCAUUGGCUGGCAAACAUGGAACAGCAGCCACCUGAUCAAUGGCACAUAGCUGACAUCUUCCUCAUGCCGAAACCCCACAAAGCCAUCAUGGCUGCUAAUUUAAGCGGAAUCACCUUCUCGGUUGAUCUUCAGAAAGCCUUCGAUUGUAUGAGUAGGCUCCACUCACUCCAGAUGAGCGUCCAGCUUUCGGAGGAGCAGCAGAAGGAGAUGCUGAAUGCCCAGGACCAGGCGAACCUCAUGCAUCGCCUCAUGGCGACGCCAGGAGCCACCCCGAGCAGUCUGGGUACAAUGGUUCCUCCCAGCCCCUCCAUGGAUCUGACCACCAACGAGCUCAAGAGAGGCAGCCGGGGCGAAGCAUCGGAACCGGAGCGGCGACAGGGCAAGGGCCCGAAGCUUCCUCGCAGCGACAACAGAUCGGGCGGCUGGGACAGCCGAAGCUCCAAAGAUGGAUGGCGCGACCCCUGGUGGCAGACGGCGGGACAGGAGGAGAAGGAGAAGGACGCCUCCAAGAACGCCGAGGUUGUGGAGUUGUGCUAUGCCAUGGCGCAGUUGGUGCUACGCCACGAGGACCAGCACAACAUCAGCAGACUCGAGAGCGGCUUUAUUCUGUUUUGUCAGACGAAAGGCAUGCUCUCCAUGGUGCCAGACAUGUUCAGGGCCACGACGGUUUGGCAGGAGACCAAGGCAGCGAAGCCUCAGGAGAUCACUCUGUCACUCCGCUCCACGUUGCUGCAGCGGUUCACAACGAUUUGGUUGCAGCGUCUGGAAGCCUGCGUAGCCACCGAGGAAGCGAAGAAGGAGGCGGUAGCCAUGAUGAUCCUGAAGGAGGACGGCACCGUCCCGUACCUGCAGUACAACCGGACGGAGAUGAAGCUCAUGAUCAAGGAGGACCGGGAGCCCUUGGACUUCGACGAGGCGCGCCGCAUCAUCAAGGAACUCGGCGAUCUGGCCCUCCUCCCCCUGACGAUUCUCCGAUUCCACCCCCUGCGAAAGCUGGUGGAAGAGUACCAGGGCGACAUCCUGCCCAUGACCCUGCAGCUGGGACUUCGCACACCCGAGGCAGAUCGAUGCUGGCAGCACUGUUCCAGGCUGGCUCAUUCCGGAGUGUGCCGAGCAGUCGCCAUGACGAUGCGGGGCGAGAAGCUGGGGCGCACGGGCCUCGCCGUGCACAUCCAGGUGAUGAUGAACAAACGGUCAGAACCUUACGUCUAG